AUGCGCGUUGCGCAGGUAGUGAGCUGUAGCCAGGGGCGGCUGAAGGGUGGCGACGUCAAGGCAGCCGCACGGCCUGGGCCGCCUGACGACUGGGCGUUGGGGCAGGGGCAGGGAGACGAUGUCAAGAUAUUCAACAUACCACCGCCGACGGGCGACCAUGGACCGCCACCAGCAGACCAACUCACCCUCAGCAAGAUCAUCUACUUCUUCCUUCACAGAGGAAACAAGAACUCCUUGAGCAGUGAGCCACCACCAUUUACGUGGUGGGUACUCGCUUACGACUACGUCGGGGUCGGCCAUGGUAACGAGCGGGUGCCCGAUUCCAUCACCGGGCAUCCGACGUUGUCACUGCGGGGACGGGGCCGUCCUAAGGUGUACCCUGUACACGCCAUCAGACGCCAGGUACAUAUGUACCACCAAUGCCCGCAAGGCCAAGAUGGAGCAGAGGGGUCGCGGCUUUGUGGGGAAACGAAGGGGGCGGGCAGAGACCGUGUCUGGCGGCUCAAGUUCCGGCUCGCAUUACCGGGGUCCAGCAACGGCUACGACAAGUACCUCUUGAACGAGGGCGCAACCCUCAUGCGUCGAUGCCAACUGUGUUGAGGGUCUCGUACAAGAGUGAAGGUGCAAACCACGGCUUUAUAUGGAGUUGUCCCCUACUGUACGGUGCGAUUCUUGUUUCGGCUGGUGUGCGGCGGCCGGAAGAUACAACUAAGCGUUCUUUCUUGUUGUAGCAACCAUACCUCAACGCAUGGACUGCCGCCAUGUCGUGCAUGAUUCAACUACGAUUGGUCAUCGUACUGUACCGGCAAUAAUACGAGUACAUCACCAAAUUGUUGUCGGUAUGGUAGGUAGGGGAGCUUCGUUUUCUGUUGAUGAAGCUAAUCAGCUUUAUUUCCAACAUGAUGUAUCCCUAGCCCAUCGAUACGACUCCGGGAUAACUUUCGCGACGAAUUGGUGGUGUACCUCGUGGUGUUAGCGGACACACACUGCUGUCUGUGUGUUUCUACAUAUUGCAAAUAACGACGGGAAAAAUAGCUUUGGGAGAAACACAAAUAGCUACGUUACUUUUUAAAACUACAAACAAUAGGUGUUCCGGCCUAGUGCCGGUCAGAUGUACAGUCGAGGGACCUUCAUAGUGCCGGUAUGUGUCGAGAGAUUUCACCGGCACUAAACCGGGCACCGGGCACUAUUGCUAAUAAUGCCAAAACGGCACUAUUGAGGGCUAGCCAAUCCCUCAUUAGUGCCGGUCUGGCACUGAUGAGAACGUGUGCGAUUUAUGGUGUAGCGCUCACGCUUGCGGGGCCAAGUCAGUACUGUAGCACGAAAUAGAUCGACACUGCUGUCAUGUGGAGUUCUAGUGUAGGCCUGGGCAGACUUUCUUUCCCGCGACACGUGCGGUUUCACCCUGUCGAGCCCACAAGAGUUUUGUAAAAUAAGAUCGCUGCAUUUCGGGCUACAGCAGUGCCUCACCAAGACUAGUCGACGGCGAAAGGGAAACACACAUCAUGCACCCGAGUAGGCUGUGACCGGC